AUAAGGGAAAGUUCACGACAUUUGCGGCCUCGAUUCGCGCCAUUCUAAUUCGAUGUCCGAAGUCUUCGGGUGCUACGCGCGUAUACCUUCAAGAAAAUACCUAAUUAGAGGAUAAUUACGAAUUGGCGAAGGCAUUUCGCCCAGGGGGGAGCUAUCGCUUUUUUUUGUCUUGUCGGGCCCGAAAGUGAAAUCGUCCGCAGAUCGAAGAUAUUACAAAGUGGAAGGAAACGAACAUGAAAGUGACAGUGUUUUCAACGGUAACUGUGUUAUUGUGUUGCGCAUUAGGUACCGAAUCUUUCAUCGUUCCUGAUGAACUGCCAUCGUUGUUAUCAGUUAUCUACUCGAAUAUUCCUACAUUAAAAAAAGGAACUGAUUCGAGAUUAGGAUGGGGUUUCCGAUUGGGAGACAGAGCAGAUUUUCAAGUUUUGGUGGAACUAGGUCCGCAAAUGUACACGCGACCUUUAGCCAACCAAGGCACAGAUAAUUCCGCUAAUAAACGAAGCACUUUGGAAAAUUUAGCAAACACAUUAUACGCGCAAAACCAAGAAAUCAAACGCUUGAAACUCGAACAGCAGAAAUUGGAGAAAACGAACAAGGAAGAAAAGAAAGAAACGCAGAAAAAACCUAUUAAACCGGAAAUAAAACAGAACCCGAGUCCAGAAGCAGCCGAGUGGUUAAAGAAUUGGAGUUUAUUAGCCAAAAAUGACGUAAAACAAUCUGUAAUUAAACCUAAACCAGGUUUAGGAAUUGGGGAAAUCGACGCAAAAUCCGUCAUACCUCCUGAAGAAGACGAUGAAGACAUUGAAGAAAUCAAAGUUGAAAUAUCCAACCCUUCAGGCGUAUCCACCAUGAAGCCCAAACUAACAACAUCCAAAGAAGACGCUUUAGACAACGUCGAUUUGGAUUAACUAAUCAAUCAAUCGAAACUUUAGUUUUACAAGAUUAAAUAUAAUUUACGGAUUAAAAGCGGCGUCACUUGACCAAUUGUCCAACACCGGUGGUAACUAAUUAAACGUACGCCAGCCUACUUGUUAUUUUUAAAUUCCCCGCUUUGUAUAAAUAAAGUUACGCGUUAGAGGAUGUUAACCAUUCAUGAGAUAAAAUUGUCGGCGUUAACGUACACCAGACGGUCUCGGGGCUUACCUGUAGAUGUUCUGAAACCUCCAAGUUUCGGUUCCUUUCUUCUAUCUACCUGCGUAAAUUUCUCUUUCACCAGCUGUCAAGUGCUGCUAUACAAAGCCGCGUUGCCAGAUUCAUAAAAAAUCCUCUGUCCAAAAUAAAUUGUAUAAAUUUUUGGAACAUUUAUAUAAUUUAUGAUGUAGUGUUAAUUAAUAAAGGGUUUUAA